AUGCUGGCCCCGUGCUGGCUGAGUCGCCUGUCCCUGGGCCUGACCCUCGCCACCCGGAAGACCACGCGGCCGGUGGUCAGGAGUCUGGGCCUGAGUGCACAGAGGCGGAUUCCAGAAUACAGUAGCUUUGUUGCCCGGACCAACACAUGCGGAGAACUGCGUUCUUCCCACUUAGGCCAAGAAGUCACUUUAUGUGGAUGGAUUCAGUACCGAAGGCAGAAUAUCUUCCUGGUCCUCAGAGACUUCCACGGACUAGUUCAGGUCAUCAUCCCACAGGAUGAGUCCGCCGCGGCUGUGAGGAAGGUCCUGUGUGAUGCCCCCGUGGAGUCUGUGGUCUGUGUGUCGGGGACGGUCGUGGCACGGCCUCAGGGACAAGUGAAUCUGAAAAUGCCGACGGGUGAGAUUGAAAUCCAAGUGAAAACCGCUGAGCUGCUGAAUUCCUGCAAGAAGCUGCCUUUCGAAAUCAAGGACUUUGUGAAGAAAACCGAGGCGCUCCGCCUGCAGUACCGCUACCUGGACCUGCGCAGUGCCCAGAUGCAGUACAACCUGCGCCUGCGAUCCCAGAUGGUCCACAGGAUGCGCGAGUACCUCUGUGGGCGGCACGGGUUUGUGGAUGUCGAAACACCGACGAUGUUUAAGAGGACCCCUGGGGGUGCAAAAGAGUUCCUCGUACCAUCGCGGGAACCUGGCAAGUUUUACUCCCUCCCCCAGAGCCCUCAGCAGUUUAAGCAGCUUCUGAUGGUUGGCGGGUUGGACAGGUACUUCCAGGUGGCCCGAUGUUACCGAGACGAAGGUUCAAGACCCGACAGACAGCCCGAGUUUACUCAGGUUGACAUCGAGAUGUCUUUCGUGGACCAGGCUGGGGUCCGGAGCCUGACUGAGGGUCUGCUGCAGUACUGCUGGCCCCAGGACAAAGGGCCGCUGCUGGUGCCUUUUCCCUCCCUGACUUUCGCCGAGGCGCUGGCCAGCUACGGGACAGACAAGCCCGACACCCGCUUUGGGAUGAAGAUCGUAGACGUCAGCGACGUGUUCAGGAACACAGGCGUUAACCUUCUCCAGGGCGGCCUUGGCAAACCCCAGGGGAGUGUGAAGGCCAUCUGCGUCCCCGGAGGAACAAAAUACUUAAAAAGGAAAGACAUUGAAUCCAUCAGGAAAUUUGCAACAGACAAUUUUAAUCAGGAAGUCUUACCUGUUUUUCUGAAAGCCAACAGAAACUGGAAUUCUCCUGCCGCCGAGCUUGUGGUACGGGAGCAGAGCCGGGCACUCGAGGGACUCCUGGAAGCCCAGGACGAGGAUGUGGUCCUCCUCAGCGCUGGCCAGCACCAGGCUGCGUGCUCCCUGUUGGGGAGAGUGCGGCUGGAGUGUGCAGAUCUUCUGGAAGCCCGGGGGGCGCUGCUUCGUGACCCGGCUCUCUUCUCCUUCCUAUGGGUGGUGGAUUUCCCACUUUUCCUCCGCAAGACGGAGAACCCCGCGGAACUGGAGGCGGCCCAUCACCCCUUCACGGCCCCCCACCCUGCGGACUGCCACCUCCUUGCCACUGAGCCUGAGAAGGUCCGGGGCCAACACUAUGACUUGGUUCUGAACGGCAGUGAGGUAGGAGGCGGCUCCAUCCGGAUUCACCAGGCCGAGCUACAGCGCUACAUCCUGGAGACUGUGCUUAAGGAAGAUGUGACCUUACUCUCCCACCUGCUCCAGGCGCUUGACUCCGGGGCGCCCCCACACGGAGGAAUCGCCUUAGGCUUAGACCGGCUGAUGUGUCUCGUCACUGGAGCUCCGAGCAUCAGAGAUGUCAUCGCCUUCCCCAAAUCCUUUCGGGGCCACGACCUCAUGAGUGGGGCACCCGACUCGGUGUCCCCCGAGGAGCUGAAGCCUUACCACAUCCAGGUCUCCUGGCCCGCAGACCCAGAAGCAGAAAAGAGCCCGCUGCCUCACAAACAGCCCCCCGAGAGCUGA